AAACAACUAAUUGCACCUGAUUGCAGGUUUGCAAACCAAAAUCAUCCUAGCCUCCUAGGCUUUCUAGUCAAACCUCAACCCAACCCAGCGCGUACUAUCUCCCAAAUCUUGCGCCCGGUAUCCAGACGCGUCUCCAGGCGUCCCUCUGCCAUGACCAUUGACAAGAUCAUCACACUCGGAACAGCCCGCAAAUAGCAGAGCACUUGCAAUGGAUACUCCAAUCUCCACAACUCUUGGCCUUCUCUCUUCUAACCCUAAUCACCUCAACACACUCGACGAUUUCAACACCCGUUUCAACCAUCUCAACACCCUCAUAUCCACCUCUAAUCUCCAUUCCCCAAACCCUAACCAAAUCAUUCACAGAACAGAGCAAAACACCAGAAGUCACACCAGUCUAUCAACCAAUCUCAGAUUCUCCUCGACCUCCAUUUCUUUAGAGACCCAAAUCGAAAACCCACCAAAACCCACUUCUCAGAAUUGGCUAAAACCCACCACCAGAGACAAUCCCAGAGUCCGUUCUCUGCUCAGAAACCUCUCCGUCUUCGAACGAGCCCUCAUCGGCGCAGGCGGUGGUGGCAUUGCCGGUGCAUUCACGUAUGUGUGUCUCCACCCACUCGACACCAUCAAAACGAAGCUCCAAACCAGAGGGGCUUCCGAAAUUUAUAGCGGCACGCUCGAUGCCAUUGUCAAGACCUUCCAGAACAAGGGAAUUCUCGGGUUUUACAGCGGCGUCUCGGCUGUGAUUGUCGGGUCCACGGCUUCGUCUGCGGUGUACUUCGGGACGUGUGAGUUUGGGAAGUCGAUUCUAUCGAAAUUGCCUCAAUACCCACCUUUGCUGAUCCCUCCCACUGCUGGUGCAAUGGGGAAUAUUGUGUCGUCGGCGAUAAUGGUGCCGAAGGAAUUGAUCACUCAGAGAAUGCAGGCUGGUGCUAAGGGGAGGUCUUGGGAGGUUCUGUUGAGGAUUCUAGAGAAAGAUGGUGUUUUGGGUCUGUAUGCUGGUUACUCUGCAACAUUGUUGAGGAAUUUGCCUGCUGGAGUGUUGAGCUAUUCCUCGUUUGAGUACUUGAAAGCUGCAGUGUUGAGUAAAACAAAGAAGGCAAAUUUGGAGCCAUUACAAAGCGUGUGCUGUGGGGCGUUGGCUGGUGCAAUAUCGGCGUCUUUGACAACGCCUUUGGAUGUGGUGAAGACUAGAUUGAUGACUCAGGUUCAUGGGGAGGCUGUAAAUAAGGUCACUGCUGCUGUGUAUAGUGGGGUUUCGGCCACUGUGAAGCAAAUCUUGAAAGAAGAGGGGUGGGUGGGAUUGACCAGUGGAAUGGGUCCUCGAGUUCUUCAUAGUGCUUGUUUCUCUGCAUUGGGGUAUUUUGCAUUUGAGACGGCCAGGCUUUCAAUUUUGCAUCAGUAUCUCAAACAUAAGGAGUCCAGUGAGAUGGCUGUGGCUCCACCUUGAUUCGGCAGUGAGUCUCAUGGUCAAAAGAUUGAUGAUUCUGAAUUCUGAUUGAAGCAAAAGAACAGAAUGAGUAUGAUUUUUAUUUGAGUGUUUUAAACUCAUGGAGUGGAGCUAGAAGCAUAUGAAGAACAUGCAAGGCAUAGGAAGAGGAAUUGCUGAUAUAGCUGUGCCGCACUUAAAAGAGUUCUGGUGAGCUACAUUUGGGUAAUCGCAACAGCUUAAAUUUUUAGAGGGAAUCACAGAGUUUACGUUAAGUUCGAUUUUUAUGGUUAUGCUUUGUUGAGUUCAGGGAGAAUGAAUGGUGAAGCUGCAUGAAAUGGUAAGGUUGAGUGUUGCACUAACUAAAAUAGGUUUCUAAUCACAUGCUUUGAAUCACAUUGAAAGAAAUGAAAUAAGAAAUGUUUGUACUUUA